AUGAAGAAGUUCCAGUCCUACUUCACCCCAACGGGGACAGGGGGAGAGCAGAGUCAAGAGGCGAAGAAGGCGCCUCAGGGCAGUGACAGGACAGCAAAGACAGCAGGAAAUCGGCAGAGGAGAUCCGGGUCCAAGGCAUCGACACAUCAACUCCAACCCGUCCGACACAGGGGCACCGCUUCGGCUUCAUUAUCACCCGGAGCGGCACCAGCACCAUCCCUCGCUUCAACACCGGGGCCCUCCGUCCCAGCUUCCGGCCGUGCCACGCCUUCCAGCAUGCUCUCGGUCCCGGGCGUAGCACAGCAACAACAUCAACAUGGCAGCUCGGACGCGUCGACGAUCCGGUCGGGACCUGCUCCCAAGCACAACAGCCACAGCCACAGCCCGCAGUCCUCCCGACCAACAUCGACGCGGCACUCGUUCUUCCCCGCGGGCGACGCGCGCAACGGCGACGCCGACACGAUCAACGAAAUCCGCAACGACAUGAUGGUCAACUGGCUGUACGAGCAGCAGCUGCGCAAGCAGUACAAUGCGGGGAUCGACCCGUACGAAGGGGUUGUGCUGAAGAAGGCCAGGGGCAAUUUUACGUGCUGCCCGCCCCAGAUGGCCGCCAUCCCGGACUCGCUGUUCGCCAUGGUCAGCGUCAUGAACGUGCGCUGCGCCAUGACGGUGCGGACUCCGGUCGUGAGAGCGCUGGUGGAUUCGCUCAUGGGGAAAGGGGUGGACUAUGUCCCCCUGCCGGAGGGGCUGAGGGUGCAGGUGCUAAGGACCAUGGCGGAUUUGCCGAGGUGUCAGUUGCACCAUUUUGCGGCGUUUAUUGAGGAUGUGAAGAUGUUGGUGGUUUGGGAUGAUGAUGCGGAUAAGUUGUUGGCGAGGGUGCAGGAUUUGGAGCAAAGGUUUAUUGAGAUUAUUUGGGGUAAUGGGGAUGAUCGGGAGGACGAUGAGGAUGAUGCUGUUGCUGCGGGGGAGAAGAAAGGGGCUGGGGUUGGCGUGGGCGUGGAGGAACUCGAUCCCAGUCAGCUUGAGGAGGCCCUGGCCAAGGAACACCGCCCCGUGCGGCUGGAGAGUGCCUUUAUGGUGAUGCUGACCAUGGUUCUGUGGAUUGCCUGCCCCGGCUUUGGGUGGAGGUGGUUGGCGUAUCAGUCGGCCGUCGACGGGACAUAUUUGAGGUUUGCGCUCCUGGCGGCGUGUCCGGUGCAGAUGUUUGUCAGCUUGUUCUUCUUCCAAGCCUUGAUCACCAGCGUCUUCCAGAUCUUCGGCCCCAUCUCGGCCCUGACCAGCAACAGCAAAUACUACAGCGGCAAGCCCCCUCGCCGCCUCGACCGCAACCAGCAGGCGCUGCCUCACGUCACCAUCCAGAUGCCCGUGUACAAGGAAGGGCUGGCGGCCGUCAUCAAGCCGACCGUCAUGUCGCUCAAGGCGGCCAUCAGCACGUACGAGAUGCAGGGGGGCACGGCCAACAUCUUUGUCAACGACGACGGCAUGCAGCUGAUGGACGAGGACGAGGCCCAGGCCCGUCGAGACUUUUACGACGAGCACAACAUCGGCUGGGUCGCCCGCCCGCGCCACAACCCGCGUCCCGAUCCCGAGUCCGGAGAGAAGCCCUUUCUGCGCCGCGGCAAGUUCAAGAAGGCCAGCAACAUGAACUACGCGCUGCACAUCAGCAACCGUGUCGAGGACAAGCUCGCCGCCUCGGUGCAGCGUCACCCAAAGUGGACCAAUGAGGACGAGUCGGCCGCCUACAAGCGCUGUCUCGAGGAGGUGCUGAGGGAAGACGAAGGCCGCACCAUGGCCGAGGGCAACAUCCGCGUCGGCGACUACAUCCUGCUCAUUGACUCGGACACGCGCGUGCCGCAUGACUGUCUCCUGGACGCCGUCAGCGAGAUGGAGCAGAGCCCCGAGGUGGCCAUCAUGCAGUACCAGUCGGGCGUCAUGAACGUGACCAGCUCGUUCUUUGAGAAUGGAGUGACAUGGUUCACCCGACUCAUUUACUCGUGCAUCACCUUCGCCGUGGCCUCGGGCGACGCGUGCCCCUUUGUCGGGCACAACGCCAUCCUGCGGUGGUCGGCCCUCCAGGACGCGGCCGCCUACACCGACGAGGACGGUUACGAAAAGUACUGGUCCGAGUCGCACGUGUCCGAGGACUUUGACAUGUCUUUGCGUUUACAAGUCGCCGGCUACACGCUGCGCUACGCCUCGUACACGGGCGACGGCUUCAAGGAAGGGGUCAGCCUGACCGUCUACGACGAGCUGGCGCGCUGGGAAAAGUACGCCUACGGCUGCAACGAGCUGCUGUUCCACCCGCUCCGCUUCUGGCUGGUCCGCGGGCCCUUCACGCCGCUGUUCCGCCGUUUUAUUGGGUCCAGCAUCCCCCUGCCCAAGAAGCUGACCAUUAUCGCGUACAUUGGCACCUACUAUGCCAUUGCGGCCGCGUGGAGCAUCACGCUGGCCAACUAUUUUAUUACCGGCUGGUACUAUGGCCUGUACGACAAGUACUACCUCGACUCAUUUGCCAUUUACAUUUCCAUUGUCGUCGUCUUUACCGGCGCGGGUAACCUCGCCCUGGCCGUUCUGCGGUACCGCAUGAGCGAGCAGUCGCUGCUGAGCGCAUACUGGGAAUGUCUCAAAUGGAUCCCCAUGUUCACCAUCUUCCUAGGCGGCAUCUCGCUGCACAUGGCGCAGGCAAUUCUGUGCCACUUCUUCGAGAUCGAGAUGGUCUGGGGCGCCACGGCGAAAGAGAUCGGAACCAUCGAUUUCGGCGCCGAGAUGGUCAACAUUGUGCGCCGCUUCAAGUGGACCUUCCUCUACUGCUUCGGCUGCACCGCCCUCAUGAUCUGCGGCAACACGGUUUUCCCCAUCGAGUGGCGCAUCAACGAGCUCUACAGCAUCUACCCGCUGGCCAUGACCACCGCCUGUCACUUUGCCCUGCCCGUGCUGUUGAAUCCGGCGCUGAUGAUGUUUACUUGGUAA